UUGAGACCCCAUCUCAACAACACACACUCACAUACAACAUGAGUUUAUAAAAAGCCUGCAAAGCAUACAUGCCAUUUAUUUGCUAAAACUUUUCAGAAAAUACCAAUAACUGCCUAUUGAAUAUGGAAACUUUGUGAUCAAGGAACAGUUACCAGGAAAAAAGAAUAAACAAGUUUCAGAUUUGAUUUUGCAUUCCAGAGUAACCAAAGCCAAAAGGAACAAGAGGGAGUAUACCAUUUACCCAGAGGAAGCAUAGCAUUUCUGAGCACUGUAAGAACAAUUUCUAAUAUGAUUCAGUGUUACAACUAACGUUUUAAUAGCAAAAUCAACAUUCUAUAUGACUGCAUAUGAUAGUAUCCAGCUAGUUUUUAUAUAGAAAUGCAUGAAUGUGAUCAAUAAUUUUGUAUUUUUAUUUUUAUAGGAAUCUUGGGAAGCUAAAAUGCGGCAUAAUCAGAUGUGUUGUGAGACACCACCUACUGUCACUGUUCAUGUAAAAUCAGGUUCAAAUAGGUCACAUCAAACUAGAAAGCCUGUUAGUCUGAAGCGUCCUAUUCUUAAAGAUAGUUGGCAAGCAUCUGAAAAAAAUGCACAUAAUAACAAACCUAAGCGGCCCAGAGGGCCUUGUCUAAUUAUACAGCGUCAGGAAAUGACUGCUUUCUUUAAAUUAUUUGAUGAUGAUUUAAUUCAAGAUUUCUUGUGGAUGGACUGCUGCUGCAAAAUCGCAGACAAGUAUCUUUUGGCUAUGACCUUUGUUUAUUUCAAGAGAGCUAAAUUUACUAUAAAUGAACAUACCAGGAUAAAUUUCUUUAUUGCUCUAUAUCUGGCUAAUACAGUUGAAGAAGAUGAAGAAGAAGCCAAGUACGAAAUUUUUCCAUGGGCUUUAGGGAAAAAUUGGAGAAAAUUGUUCCCUAAUUUCUUAAAGUUACGGGACCAGCUGUGGGACAGAAUUGACUAUAGGGCUAUUGUAAGCCGGCGCUGCUGUGAAGAGGUUAUGGCCAUUGCACCAAGCCAUUACAUCUGGCAACGCGAGCGGUCUGUGCACCACAGUGGAGCUGCUAGGAACUACAACAGAGAUGAGGUUCAUCUGCCCCGGGGACCUAGUGCCACACCAGUGGAUUGCUCACUGUGUGGUAAAAAAGGAAGAUACGUGAGACUGGGACUGUCUUCAUCAUCAUCUUCAUCCAGUGACAUAGUAGAGCUAACGGGAAAACGUUCUCAGGAAUUACACAAUUCUUUAUCAAUGGACAUGAUAGGUGAUCCUUCUCAAGCUAAUACCUAUUCUCAAGGCCUUGGCAGGGCUCCUGUGCUUGUUGCCGUAGCCUUAACUGAAGAUGCAAUGAGAUAUGACAAAGGCAAUGCAGAGCUUUUAAUGGCCAGCGACUUUUGGAUCUGGAGAAGUACGGUCCUAAAAUGCAGCUCCGCUUCAAGGAUUCCAACGGUCACAGAAACAACUGUUGUAUUCAAUAAAACUAGGGUGCCUGAUGCCACUGCCUUGGAGGUGGAACUUCAGAUGGGACCUGCUUUGUCAUAUGUAAUUAACCAAUGUGUCAGCUUACCGAAUAAGUCUGCAGAAGCUCCACGGGAAUAUUGAAAAUCUUUUACCAGGCCAUGAGCUUGACAGAAUUGCAACCACUAUAUUUAGGCUUGGACACUUAGCAGAAGGUUUUUGCUGGUCAACAUUUAAAAUGUGCUCAUUAUUUGUACCAAUUGACCUUUCCUAAAAUAAAGUAUUGAGUAAUGUCAUUAAAUGUACUCCUGUGCCAGAAUAUUAUUAGCCUGUAAGGAAUUUAGAAGGAUUAAGUGCCAAAAUGCCCAGCACAAUACUUGUAUAUUUUUAGAGUCAUACAGAACCAAAAUUCCAAGAACUAAGAACUCUCUAGACCUUCCAUGGUCUUCCUUUAGUCGCUUCAAACACCGCAGGGCUUCUCUCGUUAUCUGCCUGCUCACUCCAUGUUUCCAUCUCCCACACUCACAGCAGAAGACAUCAGGUUUGCUUAGCCAUCAUUCUUUUGUUUAAACUAAGCCUUGCGGUGAUGAUGUAACGUCUCUAUCUUAUUUCGUGCUGUUUUGGGAAACCUCCGUUUGAAAAUCAACGUUGUUACAGAGGCACAUAUCUUCAAUCAUGUCUCCAGACAAAAAGCCUGACAGUUAAUUUAAUGUUUGCACUCAGAGGUGCAACCUAACAGGGAGGGCCUGAAAAAAAAGCGAGAGGAGGCUAUUAAAUAUUUUUAGUAAUAUGUUGUCUUUGUCUUGUGCUGAACAUGUAGAGGAUGCUCUGUAACUUAGUAAAUAUUUUUAAGAUGUAGAGAAACAUUGUUGUAGCUAACCAAUUCUUAAUCAAAAUGUCUGAAAUUCUUGUGUUUUCCAUACCUAUCAGACAUUUUCCAACUUGUUUGAAUUAUGGUUUUCCCUUCUCUUCCCAAUCUCUUGCAAAAAAGAAAAAGUGGGAUCUGCUAGUGAACUGAGAUUUUUUUACAUGCCUUUUGAGUUAUGUAACUUAAUAAUUGGAUACGUGAUCAUUUGUCUUACUAUGUAAUCGAUAAAGCAGUGAUGUGUAUUAAUGUUAGUUCAAACAUGUAUUUAUACUGUCUGGGAAUGUGUGGUGAUAGCUCUGUGGGAGAGAUAGUUUGUUAGUGUUCACCAGCUUAUUAAAAACCCAGUGCAAGAGCUUCAACAUCUAAAUAAAUGAUGACACAUUCGUCACCGAGGUCACUUGCUUAAAAUUAACUUAAUUUGUAGAAAACAGUGGACUCAGUUACUAUCAUUUCAAUGUAUGGACAAACUUGUUAGGGUUACUGGGUGCUUUUUAUUAAAAAUUGCUCUUUACAGGUCUAGAUAAAUUGUGAAUCAAUUGAAUUUGGGUACCAAGGGAAAACAGUUUGUAAUCAAUGAUGACCUUGAUUUUUAAUUCAGUUCCAUCAGUCACUUGUAGCUUUGUGCAGUUUCCAAUCGAAUUUUCCCAUUUUUAAGUUCAUAACAUAUCUGUAUAUAUUUUGAAAUUAAUUUGAACCUGUGUAUU